AUGUGGCUCUCGGUGCCAUCAACAGACAGCCUGACCCGACCGCGCAUCGCAGUCGCCGUCGUCUCCGCCAUCGCCGCCCUCUCCGUAAGCUACUACGCCUACCAAGCGACCCAGGACGCCUACGGAGAUGGCGUCCCCGGCCCAGGCCUCCACCGCAGCAAUGCCGUCCGCCGCACCCACCGUCGCACCCGCCGUGCCAACUCCCUCUCCUCGUCUGACGGCGGCGACGGCGACCACGUCCCGGACGAGAACGCCGCAGACCUCGACGCGAUCCGGCCCCUGAAUGACGGCGACACGAUAGUCGACGGCGGCACCGUCGACGAGUGGUGGAACGACCCCAACGGCAUGCAGCCCCAGGCCCGCGCGGGGCACAACAUCGUCAGCUUGCUAUUUAGGGUCUCGGAGGACAAUGCGAGACGGAACGCUUGCGUCCAUCGAGGCUGCGCAUGUAACGCCUGCGGCAUGGUGCCCAUACGCGGCGUCCGCUACCGCUGUGCCAACUGCGCCGACUUCGACCUCUGCGAGACGUGCGAGUCUCAGGGCGUGCAUAUCAAGACGCACAUUUUCUACAAGAUCAAGGUCCCCGCUCCGCCGUUUGGUCCUAGGCAGAUGCAGCCGGUGUGGUACACUGGUGAUCCGGAAGCGUGUAUAAGAAAUCUGCCGCGGAGUUUGAUGGCCAAGCUGAGCAAGGAGACUGGUUUCGAGAGGCCGGAGAUCGAGGCCUUUUGGGAGCAGUUCUCGUUCAUGGCUAACACGGAGUGGCGCGAGGAUCCGGACGAUUUGCAGCUUGCUAUGGACAGGAAGACGUUCGAGCGGUGCCUGGUGCCGUCCGGUGGCUCUCGACAUGCGACGCCGAACUUGAUCCACGACCGGAUGUUUUCAUUCUACGAUACCAACAACGACGACCUCAUUGGCUUUACUGAGUUCCUGCAUGGACUGGCAUACCGCAAACGAAAGGACAAGCUGCGCAAGAUCUUCGAGGGUUACGACAUUGACGGGGACGGCUUCGUCAACCGCCGCGACUUCUUGCGCAUGUUCCGCGCGUACUAUGUUCUCUACAAGCAGAUGCACCGCGACAUUCUUGACGGACUGGAUGACCAGCUCAUGGGCAGCACUGAGGCAAUGCAAUUGGUGGCCAGCCGCCAACCUCUCAGCAGUCUCUUUGGCCGAGAGGGGCGAGUGCCGCGCGCUGAUGGGGACAACCGCAGCGAGGGCAAGAUCUUCCACCCCAACGGUGACGUCGAACUGGAGCCCGGCAGACAAGGUGCUGUGAGCGAGGAUAAGGGUGACACGUCGGCGAGAGAGGACGUCUUGACCCGACUUUUCGCACCGUACAUCGGUAGCCCCUGGACCGUUCAGAUGCGGUCUCCCGACAGUGAACCGGAUACGCCUUACUGGGAUGCUCUGCUGAACCCGCCUACAAGUAUGGAUGAUCUGCCGGACCUGCUGAGUGGACAACGUCGCGAACGCAAUGAGCUGGACUUUGACUUUGAGCUUGAAUUGGGCAGCUCGGACGGCGAAGAGGAUGGAAACAACAACUCGGACGCGGAAAACAGAAGCUCCACCGGUGCUGUUAUUGGCCAGCCGGACGAGUCGGACAGCAGGACCAGAAGAGUCGAUUCAGAACAAUUUACUAGCACUAUGCCCACAGAAAGCCAACUCCGAGCGCAAGUCAUCAACCAUAGGAGGCAGCUGGCACCGGAUAUUGAAAGAAGACGGCGACAAGCCGCAAGGAAGCAACUACACGACAGGUGGAAGAGGAGACAGUUUUACCUCGACGAAGAAGAAGGCGGCCUGGCUCCCGAUGGAUGGCAGUCUGAUGAAGACGUGCUCGUCAACAACCGCAACGGCGUCGCUGAGAGUUCCAAGGCAGCGCAGCAGCAGGUUCUGUCCCCACGCUCGAGGUCAUCUUCAAAGGUUCGCUUUGCGGAAGAAUUGGACGACUACGAGAUCAGAUCCAACGCAUCAGCGUCUUCUAGGAGCGUCCCCGAGCGCUGGGGUGGUAUGGAGAUCCCAGACGAGGAGCGGGACGCGGGCAAGGAGAUUCUUUACCAGGUCACUCAGCAGGCAUUCAACGAGCUCCUCGACGCCAUCUUCAAGGACAAGGAGGAUCUGGCUAUUCAAGCGGCCGCGUCCAGAUCUCAGAGAGAGACGCACAGAGCUCUGUUUGAGAACCUCACCGUCGAAGAGACGAAGCCAAAAGUGAUUGAACCGCGACAGCCACGUAAGGCGCUGGAUGAGAGCAAGCCCAUUGCCGAGCGAUCCCUAGAAGAGCUGCUCUUGACUAGUGGCUACAGAGUUGAGGAAUCCGGCGAGGGUGAAGAUACUCAUCCUGCGGUAGAGGUCGAGCGUGUGAUUGAAGAAAUCGACGAAACGGAUGAGGAGGGUGCCGAGGAGGAGGAGGAAGAAGAAGAAGAGGUGCCGGUCGUUGAAGAGGUCGAUUACCGUGACCCCACGAUGCCCCAAUUCCGUCCCAACAGCGACGCCUCUAUCGAACCCCCCAUCCCAUCACUCACACCAUCAUCUUCGGCCGAAUCAGUCAAAACCAAAAAGAGGGAUGCCAGGGCAGCUUCGAACAAGGAUCGCGAGGGCAAGCGUGACCGCGCUGCCAAGGAAAAGGAGGGAAUCUUGCAUUCCAAGCUUAUGGAGUGGAAGCGCCUCGACAUUGCAGAGAAGGAGGCCGCCGACCGCGGCGGCUGGGGCAAGCUCAGCUUCGAGGAGUUUGAGGACAUUUACAAGAGCCAGGAGAACGCCGGCAACAGGCUCGACUACCUGGGCAGCUGGGUCGACUUCUGCAUCCCCUAG